AUGGCAAGCGGCUGGAGCCCCGACUUCCUGCAGGCCUCCGCCGCCUGCCUGUGGCAGCAGCCGCUGCUGCAGCAGCAGCGGGGGCUGCAGCAGCAGCAGCAGCAGCAGCAGGCUGUGCUGCAGCAAGGGGAGCAACAGCAGCAACACCAGCAGCCAUGGGGAGAAGCAGCGGAGCAGCAGCAGCUGCCCUUCCUGGCGCAGCAGCAGCAGCAGCAACUCGACGGCACUGCAGCAGCUGUAGGUGCAGCACAGCUGCAGCACCGGGGCGGGCAGCAGCAGCAGUCCCGUCAGCAGCAGCAACAGCAGCAGCAGCAGUUGCUGCUGCUGCAGCAGCAGCAGGAAGAGCACAGAAGACAGCUGCAGCGGCAGCUCAUGCAGCAGCUGCAGCCCCCCGAGGGCCUCCACUGCGGCCCCGCUGGCCGUCUGGCUCUGAAGCAGUUCUUUGAGCGUGCCUACGUGCUAUCGCGGGCGCCGCUCUCUGCCGAGCCUUGUGGGGCCCGAGACCCAAGGGGUUCUGCUGCUAUGCAGCAGCAGCAGCAGCAGCAGCAGCAGCAGCAGCACCAUGGAUAUGCGCGGCCUAGUAUGUACAGCCGGAUCCGUUCGAGUGGCCUGGCAGCAGCAGAAGCAGCAGCAGCAGCAGCAGCAGCAGCAGCAGCAGCAGCAGGUCCGCAUGAGAGCAGAGACAGUGGAGGGGACGGCGGUGAUGGUGUUGCUGCACCACCACCACCACCACCACCACCACCAUCAUCAGCAGCAGCAACAGCAGCAACAGCAGCAGCAGCAACAGCAGCAGCAGCAGCAGCAGCAGGGAUGAGUUUAGCGCCUGCAUCUCCGGCUAUAAUAGCAUGCAGACGCUGGCAGCAAACGCAGGGGUCUGCUGUGGACUGUGUGUCUGCAGCAGCAGCAGCAGCAGCAGCACGAGCAGCAGCAAUAGAAGCCGUGCUGCAGCGAGCAGUAAGAGAACUAACCCCCACCUUCCAGGUCCGCCCCCUGCAGCCGCUGCUGGCCGCGCUGCUGCAGGCGUUGCUGCCGCAGCAACCGGAGCAGCAGCUGAUGAAGCUGCUGCUGUCUGGCUCUGCUGCUGCUGCAGAUUUCCUUAAGGUAGCUGCGUUGCCUACGCGUCAGCUGGUGUGGCUGCACCAGCCGUGGCGGUUCAAUGAUGAGGUGUCUGUACACCUGGAUGCAUGCGCUGCUCUGCUGCACCUCGACGUGAGCGACGCCGUGCUGCGGCUUGUCUGCAGCCACCCAGACACGAGAGCAGCAGCAGCAACCACCACCACCACCAGCAGCAGCAGCAGCAGCAGCAGCAGCAGCAGCAGCAGCGGUGGGAAUGUAGCGUUGCAGGUGGUGGAGAGGCUGGAUCUGCUGCUGCAGUAUGUUGCUGGCAGCAGGUGUCUGUACACCCUGCUGCUGUCGAUCGUCCGGCUGAAGUUUCUUCAUUCGCUGCUGCCGGCGGGGAGAUUCAGAAUAGCUAUUAAAAAGGCAGCAGCAGCAACCACCAGCAGCAGCAGCAGCAGCAGCAGCAGCAGCGGCAGCAGCGGCGGCGGCAGCAGCAGCAGCUUGCCGGCGUUAUCGCCCAGUCCGCCAUACGGACAGCAGCAGCAGCAGCAGCAGCAGCACCUAGAUGCGCUAGAAGCAGCAGAUGCUGCAGCAGGUACUGCAGCAGCAGCAGCAGCAACAGGAUGGGGAGGCGGCCUUGGCGGCCACUUCAUUCCUAUCGAGUGCAUAGCGCAGCAGCAGCAGCAGCAGCAGCAGCAGCAGCAGCAGGCAGAAUCAACACCCCAGUCCUGCAGCGAUCUACCCCCUAUUCACGGCAGCCAAUCUGCUGCUGCUGCUGCUGCAACACCAGCAGCAGCAGCAUCAGCAGCAGCAACAGGAGCAGCAGCAGAAGCAGCAGAAGCUCCUUCUUCUGUCAGCAGCCAUGAGGAUCAUGGCCGUCUCGACAGCUCCACCGCCAGCAGCAGCAGCAGCAGCAGCAACAGCAGCAGCAGCAGCAGCAGCAGCAGCAGCAGCAGCGGGGUGAAGUGCGAGGCUGUGUGGGGUACCGUGCGGCUGCUGCUGUUCGCUCGUUUGCUGUUUUUGUUUAAAGACAACCACCAUGAGGACCCCCAGGCAGCACUGGCACAGUUUGCUCUGCAUGCAGCACAGGUGGGAUUAGAGGAUGACAGCUCCCCGCAGAUGCAGCAGCUGCUGUUUGCGAGAGAAGCAAAAGAGGAGCUCCGCACCUGCAGGGUUAAGUCGAGCAGUGACCUGCUGGAUGUUUCUUUGCUGCUGCUGGCUCCGCCCGUGCUGCGGUGUCUGGCGAGGUGUCUCAGCAGCAAACUGCUGCAGCAGCAGCAGCACAAUUCUUUUUGUUCUUUCGACGACGAUGCUGCUUCUCGCCACUUCCUUGGACUCACGCUGCUAGGUCUGUCUGCGCCGUACGUUGGGUUGAUGAAAUUUUUGCUGGAGUCGCCGCCAACUGCUGCUGCUAUUGCUGCAGGGGCCCAGACAGGCCUGC